UACAGGGAAUAAAUAGAGAAUCAUCUGAAUUCAAAAAAGAAAUCGUGGUGCCAUGUGACCAAGUGACGUUUACACUCGAACCAGGAAGUAAUCACAACAACAACAACAGUAAUAAAAGCAGCCGCUGACUAAGUAAUAAUGGAGACUCGCUUCACCCGAGGCAAGUCAGCUAUUUUAGAGCGGCCUCUGAGCCGACCCAAGACCGAGGUGAGUGUGAGCGCCUUCGCCCUGCUGUUCUCGGAGGUGGUGCAGUACUGCCAGAGCCGGGUGUACUCAGUGACCGAGCUGCAGGCUCGUCUGGCCGAGCUGGGUAAGCGGGUCGGUGCCAGCCUGCUGGACGUCCUGGUGCUGAGGGAGAAGAACGGCAAGAGGGAGACUAAAGUAUUAAACAUACUGCUGUUCAUCAAGGUAUCCGUGUGGAGAGCCUUGUUUGGUAAGGAGGCAGACAAGCUGGAGCAGGCCAAUGACGAUGACAAGACCUACUACAUCAUCGAAAAAGAGCCCCUUGUCAACACAUUCAUCUCCGUCCCUAAGGAGAACAGCAGCUUGAACUGUGCAGCCUUCACUGGAGGGAUCGUAGAGGCCAUCCUCACCCACAGCGGCUUCCCCGCCAAGGUCACCGUCCACUGGCACAAGGGCACCACACUAAUGAUCAAGUUCAAUGAUGAGGUGAUCGCCAGAGACAAAGCACUGGAGGGCAGAUAGGGGAGAGACAAGAAGAUGAGAUAUUGGAUGAGAGACUGUGUGUGGGUGUGCAUGCGUGCAUCCGUGCGUUUGCUUGUUUUUUUUUGUUUGUCUUUUUGAGCGGAGGUUUGAUGUUAAUCGACUGCUGAAAUGUCUGUAAAAGUGCUGCAGAUUGUGGUGAAAUAAUUGUGUAAUAAUUUUGAUUUUGCCUUUUUUGUGGAUUAUAAAUUCACCCACUCUAGAGUUGUAUAAGUUGUAUUUACAUUGCAUCAACAUGCCAGAACACACAUAUUUUCACUUGCUAUCAACUAAAGAACAUUUCCUCACUCAUUCGAUUCAAUACAUGUACAAUACAUUUUUGGACCUAUGAUAGGAAAUUAAUACUAUCGGCUGUUGGCAGUUGAAGCAUGAAGCUUAAUUGCUGUCAUCAACUUAACAGCUACAGCAUGUACAUUCCAGCACAUUAGGUGGUGGUUUGCCCUUCCAAAGUUGGUUUGUGGUCCACUAAUAAACACAAAAUAGAUGAUGAAGAAUAUUAAAAAAUCCAUCUUUGCUCACAACAUUUCACAGAAAUGUGACAUUAUUAGAUACUGGUAUCAGCCAGUGGACAAGCUGAUUAUCUGUUAUCAUAUCGGCUAAAUACAAUCAGUAUGGUGCAUCCCUAUGAUUAAUUGAUUAAAAGACUAAUUUCCACUCUAAAGAAGAUUAUACUGUGCUGAAUGUGUCUGUUCCUCAGGCAUAUGUAUUGACUAUUGAUUCCACUUUGCAGUUGGGAAGAUUGAUAUGCAAAAAACAUUUGUAAUUGUUUUGACAGAUGUUGUGGUCGUGAUCUGAGUCACAAUUUUACUAGGAUGGUAGUUUCUGAAUUUCAUGAUCAGUGAAAGAAAAUGAUGAUGUGUUUGCGAUUUUGAUAACAUUUUGAUGAACUGUCCAGCCCUACUUUGAGUUCAGAAUGUUAAUGUUACACUAAAGUGUCUUUCUCUUUCUCUGAAAGUUAAUCUUGUGAUGCAGAUGAGGUUCUUGUUUGCUGACACAAACAAUUUCCAGGCCAAACAGCUGAUGGAAAAUCUUCCAUUUCCCCAUAUUACUAUAUUAGUCAGAUAGAAUGUUUAAGAGCAUCUGUAUUGACAGGCGUGAUAGGAUAAUAACACAUGCUGUUAAGAUCACCACAACAAAGUUGAACAGGGAUGUGUCUCAAAGUUGUAGCAGGUUUACUUGUGUCACACAUUAAGUUUAAAGCAUUAUGUUUGGCAUGUGUGUUUAUGCUAUAUAAGACUUGUACAUUAUUUUUCACUGAUACAUGUGUAAAGCGAUGGUGGAUUAAAAAAAAAAACAACAAAAAA